AUGAAACUAUUCAGCAGCGAGACAUCAAGACUGACAAGACUUUACAAGAUCAACAUCCUGGAAAAGACAAACAUGGCCAGCAAGCUUGCUCAGCCCAAAGCAGAGGAAUCACAGCUCAGGAUUGUGGUUGUUGGGAAAACUGGAGUUGGCAAGAGUGCAUCAGGAAACACCAUCUUGAUGAGAAAAGCCUUUAAAUCUAAGCUGUCCUCUUCCUCACUGACAUCACAUUGUCAAAAGCAAACAGCAGUGAUUGGUGGACAAACACUGGAAGUUAUUGAUACUCCAGGUCUGUUUGACACUGGAAGACAACAUGAGGAAGUGGUGACAGAGAUUGGGAGAUGUAUCACAAUGGCUGCUCCUGGUCCUCAUGUGUUCCUGGUUGUGAUCCAGCCAAAUAGAUUCACAAAAGAAGAACAAGAAACAGUGAAAAUCAUUCAGAAGAUGUUUGGAGAACAGGCAGCACGUUACACAAUGGUCUUGUUCACACAUGGAGAUGAUCUGAAGGAGGAAGGAGUCUCCCCAGAUGAAUUCAUUGGGAAAAAUCCAGCUCUUCAUAAUUUCAUCAAGCAGUGUCAUGGAGGAUACCAUGUUUUUAAUAACAGAAACAAGGAUCCUUCUCAGGUCAGUCAGCUGCUGAAGAAGAUCAAUGCAAUGGUUCAGAGAAAUGGAGGAAGAUACUACACCAGUGAAAUGUUCUUAGAGGCUCAGAAGGCCAUAGAGGAAAAACUGAGAGUGGUGCUGGUGGGUCAGGAGAGAGUGGGGAAGAGUUCAGCAGGAAACACCAUCCUGGGAAAGAAGGAGUUUGACUGUAAGUUCAGUAGCACACCUGUGACACUGAGAAGUGAGAAGAGAGAAGGUUUUGUUCUGGAUCGCAGAGUCAGUGUGGUCGACACUCCUGGACUCUUCAGCACUGAGCUGAGUGAAGAGAAGGUGAGAGCAGAGCUGAUGAAAGCAGUAGAGCUGAGCUCUCCAGGUCCACACGUCUUCCUCCUCAUCAUCCAGCUCGGAAGAUUCACUGAACAAGAACAGAGAGGUCUGGAGACACUGAAGAUGAUGCUGUCCCCUGCAGUCACUCAUCGCACCAUGGUGCUGUUCACUUAUGGAGACCGACUGGAAGAUACCAACAUAGAACAGUUCAUCAGAGAAGAUAAGAACCUGCAGAAGCUGCUCAAGAAAUGUAGCGGCCAGUACCAUGUGUUCAACAACAGAGAGAUGGAAAACACUGAUCAGGUCAAAGAGCUCUUUGACAAAAUUGAUUCCAUCUUCAAGGGAGAAUAUUUCACUUUCCAGCCUGCAGAGGAAUCACAGCUCAGGAUUGUGCUUGUUGGGAAAACUGGAGUUGGCAAGAGUGCAUCAGGAAACACCAUCUUGAUGAGAAAAGAUUUUAAAUCUAAGCUGUCCUCUUCCUCACUGACAUCACGCUGUCAGAAGGAAAGAGCAGUGAUUGGUGGACAAACACUGGCUGUUAUUGAUACUCCAGGUCUGUUUGACACUGGAAGACAACAUGAGGAAGUGGUGACAGAGAUUGGGAGAUGUAUCUCAAUGGCUGCUCCUGGUCCUCAUGUGUUCCUGGUUGUGAUCCAGCCAAACAGAUUCACAAAAGAAGAAGAAGAAACAGUGAAAAUCAUUCAGAAGAUGUUUGGAGAACAGGCAGCACGUUACACAAUGGCCUUGUUCACACAUGGAGAUGAUCUGAAGGAGGAAGGAGUCACCCUGGAUGAAUUUAUUGGUCAAAAUCCAGCUCUUCAUAAUUUCAUCAAGCAGUGUCAUGGAGGAUACCAUGUUUUUGAUAACAGAAACAAGGAUCCUUCUCAGGUCAGUGAGUUGCUGAAGAAGAUCAAUGCAAUGGUUCAUAGAAAUGGAAGAAGAUACUACACCAAUGAAAUGUUCUUAGAGGCUCAGAAGGCCAUAGAGGAAAAAAUGAAACAACUCCAGAAGGAAAAUCCAAAUAUGACACAUGAAGUUGCAAGAAAAAGUGCAGAGGAAGACAACUCAUUCAUUUUCUUUCUUAAGGCCAUGGCUGCUGGAGCUGCUGCUGGAGGAGGUGUUGGGUUGGUUGGGGGUCCAGUGGGAGCUGCAGUAGGAGCUGUAGUAGGAGCUACAGUGGGAGCUCUAAGUGCAGUGGCAAAGAAGGCAUGUGUUAUUCAGUAA